GGGGACUUUGUAAAAUUUCCUUUUUUUCAUAAAAAAAAAAUCCAAUUUUUUUUUUCAAUCAGAUUACUCUAUUUAUCUCAUCUACUUUUUUGCAAAAAGAUUAUAAUUACUCUCCUGCUUUUAACAACAUGUUAGCAUCUGUUCCCGCCUCUACAAAUACGCUGUCUAAAUCAAGUCCUGUCAGUAAUACCUCUACAAGUCAUUCCUGUGCCGCUAGAGCUGUUACUUCUAUGCCAACGGAGAAUCCCUCAAAGGGCGCAUUUUAUCAAAUUCCACAUGACUGGCCUUUAAAUGAAUUACAAGAAAACAUCAUGACAAUAGCCACAAGCUCCUUAAUACAUACUUUACAUUAUCAGCAUUCACAUCCACCUCCACCAGCAAUAGUAGAAGCAGUAGAAGAAGAAGACGACGACGAUCUGUCUUCGCCAUCCUCUCCUUUGUCUUAUUCUUCCUUUGAAAUCGAUCAAUCGACGUACUUGAAUAGACGAAGGUCAUCGACUGCAGUUCGAUGCGAAACUUGCCAACGAAAAUUUCACUCCCUUGGUAAUCUUGCUAACCACCAACAGUUAUACCAACAUUAUUAAGAGAUUUUACCUCUUCAGCCCACCCAAUCCCACAAUCAUCGCAUCCAACCCUACCUACCUAUUGUAAAUAGCUCAUUGUACAACAUGUCUCAUUAUUUAUUCUAUUUCAAAUAAUAAUUUCGUUAUUAUGAUUCCCUCCUCGCUUUUUUUUUUUUUUCUCAACUCCAUCAAGUCAAAAGGCAUUAAAAUCCUGC